UCAUAUUAAUAAUACAGAAACAAGCACGGAGUGCCACGUGCCGUGCUAUAACCGGAAGCUUGAUACAGGUAGGUAGGCAGUAGGUAGUAAAUAUUUUGCUGUUUAGUAAUCCGAGACAAGCAGUUGACGUAUUUGUAAUCUCACAUAUCCAUAUUGCGUGUGGCCUCGUGUAAUAACACCUUUAGUACAACUAUAAAUUCGUUAUCACUGAUCUACCUUUUUCAACUUUACUUGCAUCAAUUUUCAUACUGAAAGUUAUUCUAGAGUAUUAUACACUUGAUCGAAGUUUUAAUAUCUAGGAUCCCUAUGUUCCAAUAUGCGUGAGACCUUUGAGCCAGCUUUCGAGGGCCAGUCUCGGCCACUUCUAAGCUUCGGGCUGUCUUUCACCGAAUCACUUGUCAAACAUGCAGACGAUACUUUCCAUGCAUCUCGAAUCUAUGUCAUCUUCUCUAGAUCCCUUGCGGGAAACACGACAUAUCUUGACGACCUCAAGAAAGUCCUAGGUGAUAAAGUUGCUGGUGUUAGAGUUGGCUUGAAACCUCACUCUCUCUGGUCUGAAAUUCUAGAAGUUGUGGCAGAUGCGAGGAAGUGUGAUGCAGACUUGAUAGUCACAUUGGGCGCAGGCAGUCUAACAGAUUCGGCCAAGAUAGUAUCAUUCGCGCUGGCAAAUGAUGUCUCGACACACGCUGAACUAGAUACCCUUUUGCCAACAAGCUCACAAAAACGCGACGAUAUUAAGCCGUCGAAGGUACCCGUCGUCUGUAUACCAACGUCCUUGUCUGGCGGCGAAUAUUCUGCUUUUGCCGGGGCGACGAAUGACGAAACAGGCCAAAAACACUCCUUUUCAGGUACUUUAAAGUGCCCUGCGUUGGUCAUCCUCGACCCGCAACUUGCUACGACAACUCCAGAUAGAGUCUGGUUGAGCACUGGCAUCAAGGCUGUUGACCACUGUGUAGAGACUCUUUGUUCUCUGAAAAGCAACGACGUAGCAGAUCGAGAUGCUAGAAGCGGUUUGGCCAAGCUCAUCCCAGGCCUAAUAAAGACCAAGCAAGAUCCCAAAGACCUCGACGCACGACUAGAAACCCAAUUGGGAGCUAGAGAUGCUAUGAGCGCGGUUACUCGAGGAGUACCGCUAGGGGCAAGCCACGGCAUUGGUCACCAAUUAGGUCCUGCAGGCGUUAGUCACGGCGAGACUAGUUGCAUUCUCAACCCUGCUGUGUGCAAAUACAACUACAAAAAAGGUGCAAAUGUUGAACGGCAAGAUGCCAUCAUCCAACUCCUCUGGGAGGACCCUAAAGCUCGUGAGAUCUUUGGUCAAGGUAAAUUAAAUAAGGACACAGCCGAUCUCGGUGACCUGAUGGACACCAUUGUCCGCGCUCUUGGGCUACCAAGAACGCUCAAGGAGUUUGGUAUUGGUGAAGAUAAACUUGACAGGAUCGCCGAACUUAGUUUGAAAGAUCGAUGGGUCCAAACUAACCCAGCCCCUUUGGAUAAGGAAGGCGUCAUCGAGAUCUUGAGAAUGGUACUCGAAUGAUUUGUGUUUGCAAUUAGUCUUGUCUCGUACGGAAUAGGAUAAUAAAAUGAAUCAAUGCCCCGAGUUCCCAUGCUCCAUGCUCAGAACUACACAUAUUGACC